CUUAUCUCGCGGUGCUAUGGAAACCAGCCGAAGUCGAGCGAUAAGCCUCGGAGUCGGUGGGCAGCAGUUUGACGUCGUCAGAAACGGGCUGUGGCUCUUCUCGACGUAGUACAACCAUGCAGAAAUGUUUGAGUCCGGGCUGCAAUGGCCAGACUGGCAACAAAAAGCUGGCGACAUGUAAUACUUGUCGGAAGGUGAACUGCCACAGCUGUCACGCCAUACACGAAGGCAUAGCUUGCAGAGUGUACCAGCAGUCAAUUAGUGGUGGCGAAAGGCUCGAUAAAAGGGGUAAGAUAACCGAAGACCUCGUCAAGACAGAGGCACGAAAACAAGGUGAAGAUGUCGCUAGAAAUCAAGCAAGCCCCUCGAAGUUGGACGUGAGAAACCAAGAACUCCCCAAGCAAAGCACCCCGACCAAAUGUUCCGCUAAUCCCUCCGGUCAGGAACUACCGAAGGAGAGCGCGGACUCUCGGGCAUCACCUAAGCGAAAUGCUUCAUCCAUUCGAACGAACUCAAGUGCUGGAACCCGAGUUGAAGUCCUGGAUGCAAACUCGGAGCGUCUGGUGGAAUGUUUCGACUCAAAAUGUGGCGGCCAAGGAUUUAUAGACCAGGCAGAGGUCCUGUUCAAAUGUCCAGUCUGCAAUCGCUUCAACUGCGUGGAGUGCAAGGCCAUCCACGAGUCGCUCACCUGCAACGAAUACAAACAGAAGAAAAGAGAGCCCAGUGGUCCUAUAAUAGAAGCAGCUGCCGCGGCUGUGGGAGUGCAAGACGAUCUCGAGGAACAAGAGUUGGAAGAGCCAGAUGAUGGGGCAGAAGGACGGAUCGUCAACUGCAAAGCAGAGGGCUGCAAUAGUUAUGGCUUUGUGGACAAAUCAGCGACUGUUUCUCAGUGCUUCACUUGCGACCGCUGGACGUGCAUAAGAUGCAACGAAUGUCACGAGUCUAAUCCCUGCCCGCAAUACAAGCCUGUUGAUGACGACGAGUACAAAGAAGCGGUGGAGGAGCAAUCGAGGGGCGAUGUUGCGGGUCCUUCCGAAGAAGCUGAACAGAACGUCGGACAUGAUGGCAGAUCGGAAAAGCAGGCGGGAAAGAUUCAACGCCUGAAGGAUACAUUCAAUGCAUUCUUUUCUUCAGGUGGAGCUGGGCGAGAUCCACAGAGAAAGCCUAACACGGUGGAUGCCGACAGUGACAUUGUCAGUCCUGGUCUCGAGAGCAUGCGAACUAGAGCUCAACAAAGGACAUCUUAUGCUUCCGCUGCACGAAAGGCCAUGAGCCCGCAGAAGGCUGAGGACCACAAAAUUUCUGACUGCUGUCGCAAAGAAUUGCCAUUUGAGAUUCUUCCGGAAUGUGAGCAUAAGGUGUGCAGGGUCUGCAUCACCAAGGCAGUUAAGGAGACUGUAACUAUCCAAGUCACGUGCCCUGUACCGCAGGCUACCGUGAGACGAUGCCGCAAUUUUCUGUCGACAAAAGUAAUCAAGGAUAAUGUUCCCGAUCAAGUAUUCAAGCACUGGAAGGAAAUGAAAAAAUGGAAUCGUAUCUCAUGCCAAGUAUGCCAAACGGAACUGCUCCGUAACCCAAAAAAGAAGACUGUGGAUUGUCCGAGAUGCGGAAGGACCAACUGCUUGUCGUGCUGUGCCGUACAUGUUGGAAUGGACUGUCGGGAUUACAUACAAAAGCUGGUAAACGAUCUGGACAGAGCGGCGCAUGAGGAUCCAGAGGAAAAAAGGAAGAGAUUUCAAGAGCAAUUGGAUCUGUACAGCCAAGAUGCCAUACAAGCCACUGAAGAGUUUGACUGUGCCAUAUGUUUUAUUUCGGUGGAGCCGGAAAUGGGACUCAUUUUGAAGAACUGCCACCACCAAAUCUGCAAAGACUGUCUGGUAAACAUUGCCAAGAAUUCCUCUUCAGCUGUGGUCAGAUGCCCACAUGAUCCUUGUGAAAUGGAAAUUUCCGACACUGAGCUCCGAGCAUGCCUUUCUCCGGAACUCUAUGACGAACUGCAGGAGAGAGGGCUCAGAGAAGCCGAACGAACAAGUACAAGGUCUUUCCACUGCAAGACAGUUGACUGCAGGGGGUGGUGUAUUUAUGAUGAAGAUUCAAAUGCAUUUGAGUGCCCCGUGUGCAAGAAGAUAAACUGCCUACGAUGUGAAGCCAUUCACGAGAAAAUGAACUGUGCAGAGUACCAGGAGGAUCUCAAGCGCAGGGCACAAAAUGAUGAUGCAGCUAAGGCUUCUAUAAAUAUGCUUGAGGCGGAGCUGAAAAGGGGGGAUGCCAUGAGAUGCUCCAAAUGCAACGUAAUUUUGAUCAAGCGUGGAGGAUGCGAUGCCAUAAGAUGUGCUUCUUGCAACACCGAACUCUGCUGGGCGACCAAGGGACCUCGAUGGGGUCCUAACGGUACGGGCGACACCAGUGGCGGAUGCAGAUGCAGGGUCAAUGGUGUUCUGUGUCAUCCCAAUUGUGGCAAUUGCCAUUAAUGACGCCAUUGCCUCGAAGACUUCCAAGCUUGCAAGAUGACUACUGUCUACUGAAUAUGUGUUGACCAGCUCCUACACCCAAAUCAUCCUCGUAAUCGAAAGUCAUCAUUUCUUCCCUGCGUGUAUGCUUCUACUUGAGAAAGUGUUGUCGCGAUAAUAAAGAUGCACCUUUACGUUGAACACGCUGCACGAAUAGAGAAGUAUGGCAAAUUUAACAAGGUUUAUUUUAUUACCUCAAAUUACCCAGAGAUGUUCACUAAUAAAAUGUAUUUAAUGUCGCUUGAAA